UUUUUCUACUUCUCUAGUUUUUUAACGCAGUUCGUUCUAACCUACGCCGCGGGGCGCAAAACGCCACUCCUUAUCUUCAUCCGGCCACGACCCUUCAUGUGUGAAGCCGCGAGCUCUCUGCUCGACACAGGAGCUCAGCAAUGGCGUCUCCCUCCAUCUCAUCAGCACUCACCUCUUCUUCUUCUCCUCCUCCUCCUUCUUCUUCGUUGUUUUCCCCCAAAUUCAUUGCCCACUUCUCAUCUCCGCCGUUCAUUUCCUUCUACCCCAGAAAAGCCAGUACUCUGAACCAACGGAGCAGAAGCCCUGGCUUGUUCGCUAGAGCACAAACAAUGGAUCUUUCAAGUCCGUUCUUCGAGGGCGGCGGGUUCGGGGGCGACCGCGAAAGCGACGGCGACGGCGGCCUGCCGUCUCCCCCCGGGUCAGUGCUGUCGGCGAUAGAGGAGAAGGAGGAGCCCCAGUGCCCUCCGGGGCUCCGCCAGUACGAGACAAUGGUGGUUCUCAGGCCGGACAUGUCGGAAGACGAGCGUCUCGCUGUCACCCAGAAAUACGAAGAGUUGCUUGUUGCUGGGGGUGGCAUGUAUGUGGAGGUGUUCAACAGAGGGGUGAUCCCGCUGGCCUAUAGUAUCAAGAAGAGAAACAAAGCAGGAGAAAGCAACACUUAUUUGGAUGGUAUCUACCUCCUCUUCACCUAUUUCACCAAACCCGAGUCCCUGGCAGUUCUUGAGGCAACACUGCAAGCCGAUGACGAAGUUAUUCGUUCAUCCAGUUUCAAAAUAAGGAAGAGGAAGUAUUAGCUGGGUUGAAUUAAGUUUUUUGGGUAAAAAAUUUAAAAGUUAUAUAUUUGAACUCUUGUUAGCUUGUAUGCAUGUAAGAAUAUAUUUUCACAAAACAUUGGGAAUGAAUUCUUGUGCAACAUAAUCAGUUUAGCGGCAUAGGAUGUUACACAAUUGCUGGAAAUAGAGAGGGUAUCUCUUUUUGGGGAUACUGUAAAUGGGUGAACAGAAAAA